AUGUCAGAAAUACAAGAGAAACCAGAUACUCCAACGCAGCAGGAGGAGGAAGCUCCUGCGCCAACUAACCAAGCUCAGACUGAAGAUGGUGACAAGUCAACAAGCGCACCGAACCCUUCGCUAUGCGGUGUAUGCAACACGAAUCCUCCCAAAUACAAGUGUCCGCGAUGUCGUCUUCCAUAUUGCUCUGUCGCAUGUAACAAGAUCCAUCGCGAAAAUCACCCUCCCGAUCCAGAAGUAGUACCUCAGCCUGAGCCUUCACAACCGGAGUCGCAAACCCAACAAGCCUCGGAACCGCAACCAUUCGAUUCUUCGAAUCCAUACCAAGUUCUAGAACAGUCCGAACAGCUUCGUCGCCUCUUCCGAAAGUACCCCAAAUUGCCUCAACAGCUCCUUAAGAUCGAUGCUGCGACGCGCCCACCACCCGAGACCAAAUCUGCGAUCCCUGCCUCCCUUCUCAAGGGCGCUCCACCAAAACAGGAGGUUUGGAAUGACGACAUCGGCAAGCAGAAAGGCAAAGACGCUUUGCGCAAGGCGCGCCAUGCAGAUGGCGAGAUGGGUGAUGCUAUUCGCGAAUACUCGGAGCUUGUCCUACACCUCUUGAACAACACAAGCGCGGGUAUAGAUGCGGACAGUGUACUGAGACAACAAUUUGCGCAGAAAGACACUGAGUUUAUUGAACGCCUGAUGGCACAAGAGAAACGCUGA